AUGCAGUUCUCCACCUUUGCUACCUUGGCCCUCCAGGUCGCUUCCCUGGCAUCGGCAGCAGCUGCCGAGUCAAUGGAUAAGCGACAGAACGCCUGCCUGGGCAUAUGCAACGUUCUCAAAAUAUAUUAUGACGACUACGGGAGUGCCGCCUGUUCUCAGUCCACGUUCCAGGACGACAGGUCGUACUGCGUAACCUGCGUUGAGGACAAUGGUGGUGAUCUGAGCGCAUGGCCUGAGCUCGCUUACUGCCAGUUCGGGGUCCUUCCUUAA